GGAGGCAGGUAGCGGCAGCGCUCCUGGGGGGCCACGUCCUGCCAUGCAGCAGGCAGCAGCACGGCCACCGCCGGGGGGUCCCAUCGCCAUAGCCCCCCCUGGGAGAUGAUGACUGAGCCCACCCACCCCAGCAAUGAGAAGGGACCGCAGGACGAUGCUGCAGGGCACGAUGCGUUCAGGCAGCGCUUUGCCCACAUGAAGUCGUGGCCGGGACUGCUGCGGGUGCUGGGGGGGCUGCAGCUGCUGUGCGGGGGGAUGGCCUUCAUCUGCGUGUGUGCUGACAUCCCGCGGGGUCGCAGCGCUCACAGCAGCGAGCUGCUCCUCGGGGGGGGUCUGGGGGUCCCGCUGACCCCCUUUGUGCUGGCGGUGCUCAGCCUGGCCUGGCUGCUCACCGCCCUCCUGCUGGGGCUGGGGGUCACCGCCCGCUAUCGCCGCAUCCUCCUGGGGGUCACCUGGUGGCCCCCCACUGAAGCGGGGCUCCACGUGCUGCUCUUUGUGCUCUGCCUGGCGGCGGUGGGGGCCCACAUUCACACCGUCACUCUGGGGGGGCUCUGCUCCUCCCCGCUGCCCGGCAGCCCCCUCCUCACCGAGCUCUGCCGCGUGGAGGGGGGUCAGGCGGCCGCGCUCCUCUUCCUCUUCCUCACGGCGCUGCUCUACUUGGCCGGCAGCGCCGUGGCUCUCAAGGUGUGGCACGAGGUGGCCCGGUGGCACCGGGGGGCUGCAGCCAUUCCCUGUAGCCCUGGGGACGGCCCGCAGCCCGCGGGGGCCUCGUGUCCCCCAGUUUGUGUCCCGAAGCCUCUGCUGGUCCAAGCCAAGCGCGUCGUCUUCGAGGAUGAGGUGGGGAUGGCGGGGAGACCCCCACAGAGGGCCAGGCUCACCACCACCGAAGAGGGCGAGCGGUGGGGGGGUUCAGGCUCGGUGCCACAGCCACGCAGCAUCCCUGAUUACGUGGUGCGGUACCCGGCGAUCCGGAGCGCACAGCAGCGGCAGCGGUACGGCGCGGUGUUCGCCGAUCAGCACGCCGAGUACCGGCAGCUGCGGGGCCAACUGAGGGCAGAGCAGCGCGGGGACGCUGUGCGCCCCCUGCACCGCCGCGUGGGCACGGAUUUGGCCUUCGUGGCAAAGUGGCAGCGCUGCCUCUACCUGAAGGAGAAGCUGACACACAUUAAGGCACAGAUCCAUGAGUACGACCGCAGCAGUGACCGCAGCGCCGUCCGCUUCUGAGCGGGGGGGGGGGCGAUGGAUGGGGACCCCCCCCGAAGCCCGAGAGACACCGUGGGGCUCAGCGCUGGGGGUGAUGGCACUACGGGCACCCACUGCCCGCCUGCUGCAUUGCGACCACCCGGGCAAAGGGAGCAAAUGUGGGGCUUCUGGGGGUCUCUGGCGGCUCUGCACCCCCCGGGACUCAAAUCCGGAGGGAUCGGAGCAGUUUAUAAUAAAAUCCGAUGAUGUU